AUGCAGGUUUGGACCGAGGCAUACGUUCGGCACCAUCCGAACCUCCCACCUUUUGGGUCAGCACCUUUUGGGUCAGCAACAACCUUUGGAGCUAAGUUGACAGGAGGGGGCAUAGGAGCAGCAGCAGCAGCAGCAGCAGCGUCAGCACCAGCGGCAGCAGAGGCUGUGGGCACGGGAGCAGCAGGAGGAAGUGCGUUGGGGAGGGUGGGAGCGGGAUUUGGAUCGCCCCAUGCUGCUCCACCAGCUGCUGCCCCCUCUGCUUCCCCCUCUGCUCCCCCUCCGUUGUUUGGUAGGGCAGGCAGCAGUUUUGGUGGGGCAGGCAGCAGUUUUGGUGGGGCAGGCAAUACUUUUGGUGGGGCAGGCAAUACUUUUGGUGGGGCAGGCAAUACUUUUGGUGGGGCAGGCAAUACUUUUGGUGGGACAGGCAAUAUAUUUGGUGGGGCAGGCAAUGCCUCUGGUGUACGAGGUGGUGAUGAGAAAAGCACAGUAGCAAUCGAUGGUGGUUGGAAGGCUGCUGGUGCUGCUGGCGCUGUGGGGCUUGGGUGGAGUGCAGGAGGGCUUGGGUUAAGAAGCGGGGGUGCUGCAAGUGCGAGAUUUGGAGGAGGAGCAGGAAAGACUGAAGGGGGAAGUGGGGGAGGGGGACAAGGAACAGGGUCGGGUGGGUUUGGAGCGACCACAGGAGGCUUUACAGCAGGAGGAUUUGGGGCAGGGAGCGUUGGGUUUGGGGCAGGGAGCGGUGGGUUUGGGGCAGGGAGCGGUGGGUUUGGGGCAGGGAGCGGUGGGUUUGGGGCAGGGAGCGGUGGGUUUGGGGCAGGGAGCGGUGGGUUUGGGGCAGGGAGCGGUGGGUUUGGGGCAGCCAGCGGUGGGUUUGGGUCAGCCAGUGGUGGUUUUGGGGCCGGCACUGGCGGUUUCGGGGCAGGUGGCGGUGGUUUGGGGGCAGGCAGUGGUGGUUUUGGGGGAGGUCCUGUGGGAUUUGGCACAGCUGCUGGCGGCAGUUCAAGUGGGUUUGCUGGUGGCCUUGGAAGCACAGUGCAGAAGUAA